AUGCCUCCGUUAGUCGAGGAUAACGGUCCCCUCGACGAACCCUACGACUCAGCCGAAGACGAAGACUUCCAACUUGAUGAAGCCGAAGCCGACGACGCGCAGGAUUCCGACCUGUCCUCCUCCGAUGCCGAAGAAGAACAACAAGUAACAGAGGAGCCAGCAAAAAAGAAGCGCAGGACAGGCCCUAAAACUUCCGAAGAGAACGCUCUUGAUUCUGGAGAUGAGGCGACGAUUCGGAAGGCGGAGGUGGGGAAGAAGAAGCGGAAGGGAAAGGGAACGAAGUCUGCGGGAGGGGUGGUCGAUAAUGAUGAUGAAGAGGAGGAGGAUGACAUGGAUUUUGAUGAAGAUAAGGAUGAAGCUGAAGGUGGUGCUGGGGGGUUUGUGAAGACCAGGGCCAUGAGGAUGAGGAUGACGGAAGAACGCAAACCCCUAGCUAAGAUCGAAGGAGCUACCGUUGAUGUCGAUGCAUUAUGGGAGAUGAUGAACGCCCCUUCCACGGGUUUAGGGCUACAUCCCCCACAAAAUACGAAGGUAGAGGAGAAGGAAAAGGUCCAGGAGGCAGUGGAAAAGAACGGAGAAGUUGCAUCGCAGACUGCAGAGGUGCACUCGACACAAACCAAAGAGUCCGAGAAGCAAACCAGCUACCCGGAAGAAAUGAUCAAGAUCAAACGAACAUAUAAAUUCGCCGGCGAUGUCAUCACAGAAGAAAAAGUUGUCCCGAAAGAUUCUGCAGAAGCAAAGCUAUUCCUUGCCGGCGGGAAAGACGUCGAGAUAGUAACUGCGGCGGACGUGGAGGGCGCUGCAAAUGCUAAGUCUGCUCUGAAGCUUCGGAGACCUUUGCGCAAGAUUUCGCGAUUUGACCCUAACCCAACUGGAUCCAUUAAGAAGAGCUGGGAGAAGCAGACUGCCGCAGCACAGGCUGGUGCUGAAAAUGCCAAAGGACCGAAGAUCAAUACCGUUGAGAAAUCGCGACUUGAUUGGGCUGCCUAUGUCGACCAGGCUGGUAUCAAGGAUGAGCUCCGUGUUCACAGCAAGGCGAAGGAAGGAUAUCUUAACCGCAUGGACUUUUUGGAUCGUGUGGAGGCAAAGAGGGAGGAAGAGAGAAGAAACUUGCGGUUAAAAGGGUCAUGA